AGGGGUGACUCGCGGUCCUGGGCCAGAAGCAGGGGAGGGGCGCCAGACCCCAGGCCCACACCCGGGAUCCCCCGCUUCGGGGCGGGCGGGGAGGGUCCGGGAGAGGGCCGGCUGCACCUGCACCUCCCGCCGCCCACGGCCCAAGGCUCAGCCCUGCGUGGGGCCCCCCUCCGGUCGACUUCCCGACCCCCCCCCCACCUCGUCCCGGUCCCCAGAGGAAAAGACAAUACAUUUUAACGCCAUUGGAGCUGCUGCUGUGCUGCGGCGGCUGCUUCUCCUGCUCGGGCGGGUGAGCUUCUCGCCGAGGCUCGCCCGGCGGCUCCGCGGGCUGCCGAUGCGGGCUGUCGUCGCCAGCUGCCCUAAGCACCUCGGGCUUGUCGGCGUCGGCCAUCCCACCGCCACGGCCUCCGCCUGCGCCGCCUGCGUUAAGGGGCUCCGAGCGCCACAAUGGCGGCGGCUGGGAAAGCGGUAACGGAUCCCGAUUUGAAAAGGCCCCGAGCGCUCAGUUGCCCGGAUCUCGCGAGAACCGGUCGGGCUUGGAGACUGGGAGAUGGUGUUCCCCAGGACACGUCUUUUACACUGUUACCGAACCGAUCAGCGAACACAGACAAACCUGCCAACACUUAAAUCUACUCGCUGGAUUUCAUCUCCAUGGCAACAAGCAUGGACGGGUGUGAGAGCCAAUGGAGAUGGUGGUGAGAUGGUUAAUGGUCCACAACUACCGCAGCUUGUUACUUGCAAGCUACUAUGUUGGGCCAAGAGGUGACUCCAGCAGGAAUUCUGAAGAGCCAAAAUGAUGUGACAGUGAAUAAUGAGUAGUACCUACUGUGGCAACUCUUCAGCUAAGAUGAGUGUCAAUGAAGUGUCAGCUUUCUCGUUGACUCUGGAGCAAAAAACUGGCUUCGCUUUUGUUGGGAUUUUGUGUAUCUUCUUGGGACUUCUUAUCAUCAGAUGCUUCAAAAUCCUGUUAGACCCAUAUAGUAGCAUGCCUUCCUCUACAUGGGAAGGUGAAGUUGAAGAGUUUGAUAAAGGGACAUUUGAAUAUGCACUUGCCUGAGUGUUCCAGCUUUAUAGUUUUUAGGGUUAUACCACUGGGGCGCAUGGUGGACACAACUGUAAUUUCCUUCAGCGUGCUGGAGGAAGAUCAUUUCAUUCACUGAAUUCAAUAAACGUGUAUGGUUAAUUUA